GUGGCUUUGCGGAGGAUGGUGCCUAAAUUAGGUGUGCCAAUUUCCUCACCAGGGUGACAAAAACAGGGGCUCCUAAAAGGCUGCUUAAAAUCUUCAUUUCCUUGGGGAUUAAACCCAUGAUCUUCGGUUCCUCAGAGAAUUGAAAGUAGCAAUGAGGAAUCCAGUAAUUCCUGUUAUCUGAUGCAGGCUUUAUAAGUCAGUGUUACCCACGGAGGUGGCCAGGAUCCUGCACACCAAGCACAGCUGUCCUCUCGCGGAGCCCUGAAGCCAGAGCAGCGGCAGGAUGUCGCAGAGGCUGGCCCUGCUGCUGCUUCUCCUCCUCUCGGUCCAGGGCACCCUGGCCCUGCGGAUCUGCUCCUUCAACGUGAGGUCCUUCGGGGAAAGCAAGAGGGAAGACCAGAAGGCCAUGGGUGUCAUUGUGAAGAUUAUCAAACGCUGUGACAUCAUCCUUCUGAUGGAAAUCAAGGACAGCAACAACAUGAUCUGCCCCAUGCUGAUGGAAAGGCUGAACGGAAAUUCAAGGAGAGGCAUAACAUACAACUAUGUUAUUAGCUCUCGGCUUGGAAGAAAAACAUAUAAAGAACAGUAUGCCUUUCUCUACAAGGAAAAGCUGGUGUCUGUGAAGAAAAGCUACCUGUACCAUGACAAUCAGUAUGGAGACGGCGACGUGUUUUCCAGGGAGCCCUUUGUGGUCUGGUUCCAUUCGCCUCACACUGCUGUCAAGGACUUCGUGAUUGUUCCCCUGCACACCACCCCAGAGACGUCCGUCAAAGAGAUCGACGAGCUGGCCGAUGUCUACCUGGAUGUGAAACACCGUUGGAAGGCAGAGAAUUUCAUUUUCAUGGGUGACUUCAAUGCUGGCUGCAGCUACGUCCCCAGGAAGGCCUGGAAGAACAUCCGCUUGAGGACCGACACCAGAUUCGUUUGGCUGAUUGGGGACCAACAGGACACCACAGUGAAGAAGAGCACCAAGUGUGCAUAUGACAGGAUCGUGCUCAGAGGGCAAGAGAUCGUCAGCUCUGUUGUUCCCGAGUCAAACGGCAUCUUUGACUUCCAGGAAGCUUACGCCCUGACUGAAGAGGAGGCCCUGGAUGUCAGCGACCACUUUCCAGUUGAAUUUAAACUACGGUCUACAAGGGCCUUCACCAACAGCAGAAGAUCUUCUGUGCCAAGGAAGAAAACAAAGGCCAAACACUCCUAGAUACAAAGGUGCCGUUUUAUUAACCAUUUCUCGUCUCUAAAUAAAAUGGCUCUAACAG